AUGUACUCUGAUGAUGAAAUAGGUAUCGAUUCGGGAAAUGUAUCGUCAGAAGAGGAAGAUAAUUAUGAUUUUAUGGAUGUUGAUGCUUCAACGCAAAGAUCAUCGUCAAAUAAUCAAAACGACCAAUUAGAAUAUCCAUAUGAAGUCCUUACAACCGAAGAAAUUGUCCAGCAUAUGCUCGAUUGCAUAAAGGAAGUAACAAAUGUUGUAGAGAUUCCAACAACGACGACGAGAAUAUUAUUAAAUCAUUUUCGAUGGGAUAAGGAGAAAUUGAUGGAGAGAUUCUACGAUGGAGACCAAGAAGCAUUAUUCAAGGCAGCACAUGUCAUCAAUCCAUACGUUAAACCAAAAAAAGAGCCAAAGACUUUUCGCUGCUCUAUGAUGGAAGACUGUGAAAUUUGCUUCCUAAAAUAUCAGUACACUAGCAUGACAGGACUACAAUGUGGUCAUCGCUUCUGCAAAUCAUGUUGGGUUGAAUAUUUAACAACAAAAAUAAUGGAAGAAGGUUUAUGCAAAUCGAUUGCUUGUGCUGCACAUGGCUGUGAUAUUCUGGUUGACGAUGUUACUGUAAUGAGUUUACUAACAGAUCAAAGAGUCCGUACUAAAUAUCAACAACUUAUAACAAAUAGUUUUGUGGAAUGUAAUCGUUUAUUACGUUGGUGUCCAUCUGCUGACUGUAGUUUUGCCAUUAAAGUUCAGUAUGUUGAGCCAAGACCUGUCAUAUGUAAAUGUGGCCAUACCUUCUGUUUUGAAUGCGGCGAGCAAUGGCACGAUCCCGUACAAUGUCGACUGCUGAGAAAAUGGAUAAAAAAAUGUGAUGAUGACUCGGAAACGUCAAACUGGAUUGCAGCCAAUACGAAAGAAUGUCCCAAAUGUAAUGUUACAAUUGAAAAGGACGGUGGGUGUAAUCACAUGGUUUGCAAGAAUCAAAACUGCAAGCAUGAGUUCUGUUGGGUAUGCCUUGGAAGUUGGGAACCGCACGGAAGUUCAUGGUACAAUUGCAAUCGAUAUGACGAAGAUGAAGCUCGUGUUGCUCGUGAUGCACAAGAAAAGUUAAGAUCCUCUUUGGCUAGAUAUUUGCAUUAUUACAAUCGUUAUAUGAACCAUAUGCAAUCACUGAAAUUCGAAAGCAAACUCUAUGCAUCAGUCAAAGUAAAGAUGGAAGAAAUGCAGCAACAUAACAUGUCAUGGAUUGAAGUUCAAUUUUUAAAGAAAGCUGUAGAUAUUUUAUGUCAAUGUCGACAAACUCUAAUGUGCACUUACGUGUUUGCUUAUUACUUGAGGAAGAAUAAUCAAUCGAUGAUUUUCGAAGAUAAUCAAAAAGACUUGGAGUCAGCCACUGAGAAAUUGAGUGAAUAUCUCGAACGUGACAUCACGAGUGAAAAUUUAUCUGAUAUAAAGCAGAAAGUACAAGAUAAGUAUAGAUACUGCGAAAAACGAAGGAAAGUUCUUUUGGAUCACGUACAUGAAGGAUAUGAAAAAGAUUGGUGGGAGUAUGUCGAAUAAGAUCUACUAGAAACUCAACAAUUAUCAGCUUUUGGUUAAUAAUGUCAAUACGAGUCUGUCGAUAGAAAUCAUCAAAAUGUUUUUUGUUCCUUCAUUUUCACCUUUUAAUUCUUUGUUCCUUUUAUACUUUCCUAAUCAUCU